GUCACCUGAGUUUUUUACAGUGUUUUUGGCAUUGAAAUAUGUUGUUUAAUAAUGUAUUUGAGGCAGAAACUAUUUUAAAAAUUAAAGUUUGUGUAUAUGGGUGACAUAGGAAGAUACAGCAAACAUGAGAGACAAGAAUUAAUUUUAGAUUGUGCUGUCAAAGAGUAACUAGACUUCUGAUCUUUUCAGUAGACCAGCUUUCUAUUAGAAUACGUGAUGUUUGCUGUUGCAAGUACAAAAUAAGUGGUGAUCAUUAUUCACAUAACUCAGUACCCUUCUCUUUAAGACAUCUCCAAUACAGUAGAUGAAUAUGUCCCAAUCAAAAUUGUACAUGUUAUUGACAGUACAAUUUUGUUUUAGUGCCUCACCAUAUUUAAUGAGUGGUUUAGACAGCAGCAGUAUCAUAGACAUGUAUGUUCAGCAUCUGUGAUGGAAAGCAGUUGGACAAGUUAUUUUUCUUGAGGGUAGUCUUAUAGGUUUUUUUAUAGGGUUUAAGUGAUACCUUUGGCAAAUGUUGGUAAAAAUAUUACUUGUUGAAGAUGCUCCCAUUGGCUCAUUAGUUAUAUACACAUCCCAUUAUGAUAUGAACCCUGUUUAUCCAGAAGUCCAUUAGAUGAUCCACUUCAGCCUCCUCCUUCAGCUGCCAGCUCUACUGAUGUCAGCCUUCAGCCAAUUUGAUUAAUUUUCCAUGAUAUCAAGAAACUGUUGAAAACACUGAAUACUCAAAGACAAUAGGCCUGAACAGCAUCCCCACUGUAGUGCCACAGAACUGUGCUGCAAAGCUAGCAGCACCCCACAUCGAACUAUUGUGAUUUAGUUCCAGCACUGUCAACUACUUGUUAAUGUGGAAAACUGUUCAGGUUCCCGAAGACCUCAUAGAAAGGUUGUUGUCAGAGUACCGCCACCGUCUCUACAUUCAGAGCUGCAAGCAAACAGGCAAUGGGCUGAUGCUUCUUCUGGACCAUCCUGCCCUUUUCACACAAGUCCUGGGCAACAUCCUUCUCUAUACAAGACCUCUGAAAGUUUUGUCAACAAAGAAGAAAUGUGUGAUUCUUAACUGUGCACCUUUACAGGGGAAUAAAGGACCUGAAUCACUUACAGUUAGUCACUUACGAGCUAUCUUAUUGGUGGACCACCUGGCCAUAGUGUUAAGGCAACAAGGCUGGGAUGUGCAUGUAACACCAAAUCUUCCUCUAAGAACCUCUGUCGGCAACUUUCUGAAAUUAUUGAGAGUCACUUGGCCAUGCACCCAACAAACCACAUCCAACGAGGAAACAGUUUCCAGCUACAAGGAGAUUCUGUCAGAGUCAAUUUAUACACAGCUCGGGAAGGAUAAGGCUUCUUCAAACCACGUGCAGCAUAUACUGCCAAAAGAUGCUUUGUUCAAGGUGCAUUUAAAACAGUUUGUGAAGGACAAAGAGCUAGAAGGUUAUGAUGCCAACUUGGAUAUGGCUUUGGUGAAGGAGGAAGCACUGAGACAGAUUGCAGAGCUUCAACACAUAGUCAAAGAGGAGAAUACUGAGGAGUGUCUGGUGAUCCAUGUGGUGGGCUGUGAAGAGGAAUUUCAGCAGCAGAAGAUUGACCUUCUUUGGCAAAUCCUGAACACCGGCCGAGAUCGAGUGACUCAGAAGCACCUUGUGUGUGGGUCAGUGAAAGUAAUUGGCGAAAACUCUCACAUCAAUGCUGUACAGUAUUUCCAGUUUCGAAGGUCUCAAAUGCAGGAUGCCUCUGUGAUGAAGUAUGGAAACCUGGUGCAAGGGGAUUUAUGGACUGAAAUAAUCAGCAGCAUGACUUCAGCCACCAUCAGGUUCGAGUUGUUAUCAACAGCACACCGCAGUCCACUGAAUUUGGACUUGACACAAGCAGUCAACAUUUCUACGAAAGGAACUAAGAGUGGAGCAUUUGUCAUGUACAACUGUGCAAGGCUUGCAACGUUAUUUGAUCACUUCAACAAGUCUGUUCAACAAGGCUUAUACCCAAAGUUCCCAGAAACAUCGCAGCUGAAUUUUUCUGCUCUUCAGGAAGAGGGGGAGUGGCUGUUACUGUACAAUUAUGUUAUUCCAUUCCAGGAUGUGCUUUGUCAGACUACACAAUCCCUGAGUUCAACUAAAGGAAUUCGUCUGACCAUCAACACCGAGGCAGUCUGCAAGUUUCUUGUAAACCUCAGCAUUGAUUUCAGCUCCUAUUACAACCGUGUGCAUAUACUUGGAGAACCGUUGGAACACUUGUUCAACCAGAUGUUUGCUCGCCUGCAGCUGAUGAAAGCAUUGAGAGAAGUGUUUCACACAGCGUUGGGCACACUGCACAUCACACCCCCAAGCCAGCUCUGAGAAUCCAGCAAUGUGUUCGGCACCUCACCAAGAUAUGGAAACAGAAAACUCGAUGGUCUUCACAUUCCACCAGCAGGUCAGCAAAGAUUAACACUGCCGAGACCUGCCAACAGCGAGCAGAGCAGCUUGACAGAUCAGCGGAACAUCACUGUUUUACCUCUUUGUAUAGUCAGGUGUGAAUGAGAUUUAAAACAUUGAAGUUUGGUGUUCAGACUUACUCUGUAUACCAGCAGACAGAACCUACCACCUCUCUGCACAUCAUCAUCUGUUCCAAGAGCAUGACUCGUCCGAAGCAGAUGCAGGUGUUAGUUGCAAAAUCAAUUACAUUCAGAGUUGCCAAGUUCCUUCUGGAAGAGAGCUUUCAUCUCAUUAUUGAAUGAAUUACAACACUGGCCACAAUGCCAUUUCACUACUGUAUGAUAUUUCUGGCCUCUACAUCCUGCUCUUGAUCUGAACGUAUUCCAUUUUCUGUGCCCCAGCUUUUAAAUAAAAAUAAACAUGAAUUUUAA